AUGGAUAUUGCAUUGUACCAUUCAAAAAGUUUUGAGCCAUUGCCAAUCUUUCAUUGCAGAAAUGGUGACAUGAUUAUAUGGCUAAAAACUAAAGGUAUACCACUUUCAGCUAAAUGCAUAAAGCAGAAUCUUUACCCUAUCGUUAAGAAACACAAGGAGAAGUACAGAAAAUAUGUCACUGAUGAAAUGACAAAUACAGCUAGAAAUGAAGUUGUACGUUUAACUCCAUAUCACUGUGAACUAAAUCCCAUUGAAAUGGCAUGGUUACAAGUCAAACACUAUGAAAAAACUCACAAUACAGAAUUUACACCAGAUGCAUUACAACGUCUUGUGACUCAAGAGUUUGCACAAGUAGCUACUAAAAGGUGGGCCAGUCUAACUAAAGAUACUCAAGGGAAAGUACAAGAUUUGUACUUUAUUGCUGAUAGAUUACAGAACUGGAAACAAGUUAAAGAGUUUGUGAUACAUGUUGGGCAGAUGAUGAUGAAAGUCAUUCAGAUGAAGAAGACAGUGCCAUCAGUGAUUAUGAUUCUUAUGAUGAAGGAAUAUGAAGAAGUACAGUAA